AUUUAAUAUAUUUGUAUGAUUUUGCCUUCUGAAAUAUAUUACAUUUAAAUACUAAAUGAGCAGAGUUGUAAACAUCUGAAGUGUCAACGUUCAGGUUUAAAUUAUGGGUUUAAUAGCCGUACAGAUGAAUAUAUGUUGUCCCGGUUAUGCUAACAGGCUAACUGGUUGUUUUGAUGAAACAGUACCUCGUAUCCAUAAACAAUUUGAACGGUUUUGCAUGCAUCUUUAUAAAAAAAUUAAUGUAAUUUUACAGACAUGCUCAAAAUAGUUGGUAUGUCGUAAAAAUGGGAGCUUUUGGUUGUUUUAUUUCAUAAUUAGACAAUGUUUGGGCUGCAUAGACAGUGACCCUGCCUGAUACUUCACUGUUACACGGAUGCAUUUAUAGAUUGUCUAUGCGGUAUUUUAUUCAGGUGUCUUUAUUAUGUCGUGGUAUAUUUAUAUUUUAUUUUAAUAUUAUUAUUUAAAUGAAUUAUAAGUAAACACUCAGCAUCUCAGUGUUUAUAGGUUUUGUUUUAAUAGGGACAGGCCUGUCAGCAUAAAUUGCUAAGGUUUUGUUCAGGAGACCUGAGUGUAUAUUUAAAAAAUCAGAUAAAAUCCCGAUUUACCAAAAUCCUUUAUAAAAUAAUAUUGUUUGUAAACAGUGAUUUGACUCAAGUUGGUAGAUGGAUUGACAUGUGGCAGUUUGGUGUUGGAGAGCACUCACUGACCUAUUGGCUUGAUUUAAUCAAUUUAAUCAACUCGUACAAACACGAAGACCAUUCAGAUGUCAUAUGACACGAACAAAACCUGACAGGCCAGCUUGUCUUGUCUGGAUUCUUCAGGACGUAGUGUUGCGUGUGAAGCUGUAGAGCUGUGCUGAUGGAGCAGUGUGCGUGUGUGGAGCGAGAGCUGGAGAAGGUGCUGCACAGGUUCGUGACAUACGGACACCAGUCAGAGGAACGGUUGGACGAGCUGCUCAGGAAUGUCUGCGAGCUGCGGAGUCGUUUGCUCGCAUACGGUGUGCAAGAUGCAGAUUUGUCAGUGUUGCAUCAAACGAUGGCGCAAUGCUGCAAGGACAUCAAAGAAACCGUGCAGGUGCUCGCCUCGCGGCACAAGGACAUCCACGGCAGCGUUUCGAAAGUGGGCAAAGCUAUUGACAGAAACUUUGAUGCGGAGGUGAGCGCAGUUAUAGCCGAGCAUGUCUGGGACACUCCAGAGAGGCAAAAAUACCUCAGCGAAACGAUCGUAGAGCACUUGUAUCGACAAGGCAUGCUAAGUGUUGCUGAAGACCUGUGUCAGGAGUCCGGUGUAGUAAUUGACAUGAGCAUGAAACAGCCUUUUCUGGAGCUCAAUCGCAUUCUAGAGGCUUUGAGAACGCAAGAUCUGCGACCAGCACUGGAGUGGGCAGUGACGAACCGUCAGCGUCUGCUGGAUCUCAACAGCACCCUGGAGUUUAAGCUGCACAGACUCUAUUUCAUUAGCCUCCUCAAUGGGGGCAUCAGCAAACAGCAGGAGGCUUUACAGUACGCGCGACAUUUCCAACCGUUUGCCUCACAGCACCAGAGAGAUAUUCAGAUCUUAAUGGGCAGUCUGGUGUACCUCCGCCACGGGAUUGAGAACUCGCCUUACCGUGAUCUGCUGGAGACGGAUCAGUGGGCAGAGAUCUGUAACAUCUUCACACGAGACGCCUGCGCACUGCUCGGACUGUCUGUGGAAUCGCCACUUAGUGUCAGUUUUGCGUCUGGUUGUAUGGCUCUGCCUGUGCUCAUGAACAUCAAACAGGUUAUUGAACAGAGACAGUACAAUGGUGUUUGGACACAUAAGGAUGAAUUGCCAAUUGAAAUAGACCUGGGAAAAAAGUGCUGGUAUCACUCAGUGUUUGCCUGUCCAAUCCUGAGACAGCAGACGUCAGAAAGUAAUCCACCCAUGAAGCUUAUCUGUGGGCAUGUCAUAUCCAGAGAUGCCCUUAACAAACUCACCAACGCUGGGAAGCUCAAAUGCCCGUAUUGUCCAAUGGAGCAGAAUCCCGCAGAUGCCAAACAGAUCUUCUUCUGAUGUCUUUUUGGAGCAGAUCUGAAUGAAACAUUGAAGGCCUCUCGGAGCCGCAGUUAGAAUGAUCCUCAUUCGCAGGCAUUGUGGGCCUUCCGUGGAGGCCCCUCCCCACCCGCAACGCCACCUCCCUCUCCAAAGCUUUUAGUUCACAGAGGCAGGGGGUCACGGCAACAUGCCCGUAGAACCUGUAAGUGUACCUUACGAGGGACAGAGCUGACCGGAUCCUUUAUUUGUUAACA